CCUCCAUCGCGCUUCCAUUUCCACAGAACAAAGGAAAUGUCAAACCUCACCGCCGUACCACCCCACUACUCUCAACCUCACCUUGCUCCGGCGACAGCCUCUUAGAAAAGAAAAUUCCUAAAUAUACCCUUUUAACGACCAACCCCGAAACACCUGGGCACAUUCCGGUAAUGGGCAUUCCGAGCGACGACGUCGUUUUAAUCCAAUUACCCAAAGGUCCAUCCGAGCCCACCGUCGUCACCGUUAAUUGCCCCGACAAGCCCGGCCUCGGCUGCGACCUUUGCCGUAUCAUUCUUGAGUUCGGGCUUUCAAUUGCCCGAGCAGAUUUUUCGACGGACGGAAGAUGGUGUUAUAUAGUAUUUUGGUUGGUUCCGAAUGUUUCAAAUUCGUCGAGAAUUGAUUGGGAAAGCUUGAAAAAUCGGUUGGUUUCGAUUUGUCCUUCGUGUUUGCUCCCGUUUUAUUACUUUAAUCAGCAAGGAGGAGAUGGAAAUGGAAAUCAAAAUUCAACUCUUUCUUCUUCGGUUUAUUUGUUGAAACUUUGUUGCUUGGACCGCAAGGGAUUACUUCACGAUGUUACGAAAAUAUUGUCGGAGCUUGAGUUUACAAUUCAAAAGGUGAAGGUUAUGACAACGCCGGAUGGAAGAGUUGUGGACUUGUUUUAUAUCACGGAUGGAAUGGAACUUUUGCAUACAAAACAGAGGCGAGAUGACACCACUGCGCAUCUGAUUACUGUUUUGGGGAAGUAUUGUAUCAGCUGUGAACUUCAGUUGGCAGGGCCAGAAUAUGAGAGUAUGAAGGCAUUCUCUUCUCUCCCUCCUGCUGUUGCAGAGGAGUUAUUUAGCUAUGAGUUAGCAGACAAGGAAGCUAGCUCAAAGGAACUCAAGGCAGACCUGAUGGCACUGAAGAAGGCCACUGUUACUAUAGAUAAUCAGUUGAGCCCUGUUCAUACAUUGCUUCAAAUCCAAUGUGUUGAUCAAAAAGGACUCUUUUAUGACAUUUUGAGGACUUCAAAAGACUGUGAUAUUCAGAUCGCUUAUGGUAGAUUCUCUUCAAGUCUGAGAGGCUACCGUAAUAUGGAUCUCUUUAUUCGGCAAGCAGAUGGGAAAAAGAUCGUGGAUCCGAAGCAUCAGAUUGCUUUACAUUCUCGUUUAAAGGAGGAGAUGCUUCACCCAUUUCGACUGCUUAUUGUCAACCGUGGCCCUGAUACUGAACUAUUGGUUGCUAACCCUGUUGAGUUAUCUGGAAAGGGAAGGCCUCGAGUUUUCCAUGAUGUCACAUUGGCUCUUAAAAUGCUUGGGAUAUGCAUUUUCUCGGCUGAAAUUGGAAGGCAUUCGACCUCAGAUCGCCAAUGGGAAGUCUAUAGAUUUCUUUUGGAUGACAGCUGUGAAUUUCCAUUAGCAAGCAGCCAAGCUAGAAAUCGGAUUGUGGACAGAGUAAGAAGAAUAUUGAUGGGCUGGUAAGCUGAUCUAUAUGUUGAUGGUGAGCAAUUGUUUUGCUCUUGUGGGUGUACCUUGCUGUAUUUAGAAACACAAGAAUCAUCUUGGCUGCAUCAUACAACUCCUCCUUGGCCCCAAUUUGAUGUCUAUGCUACCAGUGUGUCCCAAUCAAACAGUCCAGAAGCAAGGACCAGGACACUGCUUUGAGUUCUGAAGAUUGCAUUGUAAGCUAUUUGCAGCAUCCUUGCCAUUUCUGGCUCCUAAAGUUUUAACUGUAGUAUUAUCCUCUUUUCAUGUAUACAUAACUUGUGCUUUUAGUCGAAAUUCUAGACCAUGGCAUGCCUUGAUGAAGAUGAGGACUAAAUUUUUAGCAAAGUAAUUGAGAUUGUAUUGUAAAAAUAUUGAGAAUGGGAAGGAAGGAAGCAUUUUCCUUUAUACAUGGCGCUUAUGAAUGCAUGGUAGGAAUGAGGAGUGACCAUUCAUUCUCUCUGUUC